AUGAUGGAAGAAGAUAUUACGGAAUCCGAAGCGGUGGCGAUAAUGGCAGCCGCCGCCGUGGCUACUAUGCCGAUGACUCCGAAGACGGUGAUGGUGAAGGAAGAGGAGGAAACCCAUCACCCUUAUGCGUUUCACGUUUCCGGACCGCGAAACGUAGCUUCUCCUAACUGGAGAGAUCUCAUCAGUUCCAGUUGGAAGGACCCCAACUACAAGAGAACAGUAAUGGCAUGCUUUAUUCAAGCAGCAUACUUGCUUGAACUCGACAGACAAGAGAACAGAAACGAGCAAAACGCUCUCGCCCCAAAAUGGUGGAUUCCUUUCAAGUACAAGUUAUCACAAACGCUGAUUGACGAGAGAGAUGGAUCUAUAUUUGGCGCUGUUCUUGAAUGGGACAGAGCAGCUGCAAUGGCAGAUUUGGUCGUCAUCAGACCCAGUGGAGCACCAAAAGCAGUACUUGCACUGCGAGGAACCAUACUAAAGAGUCUUACAAUGAGACGUGACAUUGAAGAUGAUCUCCGGUUUUUAGCUUGGGAGAGCCUUAAAGGUUCUGUGAGGUUUAAUGUCGCUCUGGAGGCGCUGCAAUCAGUAGCAAAGAGAUAUGGGAGCAGUAAUGUCUGUAUUGUGGGACAUUCGUUAGGAGCUGGUUUUGCUUUACAAGUUGGUAAAGCCUUGGCGAAAGAAGGGCUGUUUGUGGAUGCUCAUUUGUUCAAUCCACCUUCUAUAUCUCUCGCUAUGAGCUUGAGAAACAUCGGUGAAAAGGCCGGUGUUGCUUGGAAAAGACUCAUGUCAAUGCUUCCUCCCAGAAACGAGCCUUUGCUGCCGAAUGAUAAUGUAGGAGAGAUUUCUCCUGGCAGUGUUUCAGGGUUCAGGAACUGGGUACCUAGUUUCUACGGGCAGAAUCAGAAAGCUUCUGUGGAUAUGAGAAAAUGGGUGCCCCAUUUAUAUGUAAACGAUAGCGACUACAUCUGCUGCCACUACACUGACCAGGAUGGGGUAACAGAGAAGAGAGAAGUGAACAACAAGGAGAACAAUGGUCCUGUUGUAAACACUAAUUCACAAGCAGCAGCAAAGCUUUUCGUAAUGUCGAAAGGGAAACAGAACUUUGUCGAGGCGCACGGGCUAGAACAAUGGUGGUCAGAUAAUCUAGAGCUUCAAUCAGCUAUUCACAGCAGCAGGUUGAUCAGUCAGCAACUCAAGUCAUUAUACAGUAUCAAGUAA